AAAAGACUCUCUCUCUCUCUCUGUCUCUCUCUCUCUCUCUCUCUCUCUCUCUCUCUCUCUCUAGAUCUCGCUCUUGCGUUGGUGUUGCCCCUUGGCAGUUCCCUUGCUUUGUUUGAUCUCCCUCAACCCACAAGCUUUAAGCUUCCCUCGUCCCUCUAAUGGCUGCUACUGCUUCUCGUUCCGUAGAGCCACUGGUCGUGGGAAGAGUGAUCGGAGACGUUCUCGACAUGUUCUCCCCUACCAUUGAAUUCACAGUCCAUUACGGAUCCAAACAGGUCGCUAACGGCUGCGAAAUCAAACCCUCUGCUACUUCUAAUAAACCCAGAGUUCAGCUCUCUGGUUCUCGCGUCAUCUCCAACAAUCUAUAUACUCUUGUAAUGACAGAUCCUGAUGCUCCAAGCCCAAGUGAGCCAACUAUGAGAGAAUGGCUACACUGGAUUGUGGUGGACAUCCCUCAAGGACUCGACGCCUCGAAAGGGAAAGAGAUAGUGCCGUACAUGGGGCCAAAGCCACCGACCGGCAUCCACCGGUACGUUUUCGCGCUGUUUCAACAGAGAGGACCCAUGGGGAGGGAUAUCUUACCGCCAGAUGCCCGCUGCAAUUUCAGUACCCGUAAUUUCGCCGCUCAGAGCGGCCUCGGACUUCCCGUCGCCGCCGUCUAUUUUAAUGCCCAGAAGGAACCCGCCGCCCGUAGACGCUGACCAGUGACCUAAACAAGACUUAUUAUUGAAGUAAUUGAACCCUCAACAGUAUUUUAUUAUAUGUUACUUUGUGUAUCCAUCCACGUUACCUGAGGUAACUGAUCGGAGUAUCAGACAUACAAGUAAGUCACUUCAACACAUCAUUAGCCUCCUCCUCCUCCUCCUCCUCCUCCUUCUUCUUCUUCUUCUUCUUCUUCUUUGUCUGCUUUUAAAUUUGAGAAGCUUUGAACUACUUUGAUACACAGAUUUGCCAUUUGUCAAGUAUGAACAGGGAUUACUGUUACAUAAAUGAUCUCAUUAUCCGAAA